AGAAAAUGUAAUUUUUUUAUGAAUUCUUAUAAAUGUCCUCGUUGAAUGAAAACUCUUCUUACAUCGACAGGAGUCGGAUGGGCGCAAUUUUGUUCGACCGUCGCAUUGGCGACUUACUAUAGUUCAUUGAUGGCAUUGACACUUUAUUAUCUGAUCGCAUCCUUUUCUGCUGAAUUGCCUUGGGCUACCUGUCUGAAGGAAUGGGGUGACGCAUGCGUCGAUUCGAGUACCAAAAGAAAUCACAGCGCGGAUAACACAACAGAAGGAAGCAUUGACAUUUUAAAUAAUUUCGUAAACAGCAGUAAUAAGCUUCAAAGUUCGGCCGAACUAUAUUUUUCACGAGUGGUGUUACACGAGAAGGAGAACAUUGAUGACGGAAUCGGAUGGCCAGACUGGAAGCUAACGUUAUGCCUGUUUGGCAGCUGGGCGGCGGUCUGCGUGGUGCUCUUUCAGGGUGUAAAGAGCUCAGGGAAAUUCUCUUAUUUCCUAGCCAUUUUCCCAUACAUCGUGCUGCUCGCACUACUGGUUCGCGCUGUUACUCUGGACGGCUCGAUGGACGGGAUCUUGUAUUUUAUCACUCCGAAAUGGUCUAAACUUCUGGAGCCGACCGUCUGGUACGCCGCCGUUACCCAAUGCUUCUUCUCACUCUCCGUCUGUUUCGGCAGUAUCAUUACGUACUCCUCGCAUAAUAGUUUCAAGCACAACAUUUACAGAGACGUCAUAAUAAUUACCUCAUUGGACACGAUUACGAGUUUGUUGGCCGGCUGCACGAUAUUCGGAAUCCUUGGUAAUUUGGCGUACGAAUUAGGGGUGCAAGAUAUAUCCAAAGUGGUCAAAGGCGGAGCUGGUUUAGCAUUUGUGUCUUAUCCCGAUGCGAUAGCGAAAUUUAACUUUUUACCGCAGCUAUUCGCAGUGCUCUUUUUUUUCAUGAUGUUUGUCCUUGGUGUCGGUAGCGCGGUAGGAAUGACCACAGGCAUCAUCACAGUGAUAAACGAGCAAUUUCCAAGGUUAAAAACGUGGCAAAUCGUAGUUCCAACUUGUUUGCUUGGUUUCUUAAUCGGCACGGUCUAUACAACACCGGGCGGCCAAUUUAUAUUAACUUUAGUAGACUAUUACGGUACGUCAUUCGUCGUUUUCAUCCUGGCGUCAUUCGAAAUGACUGGAGUGGUAUGGUUUUAUGGUCUAGAGAACUUUUUGGAGGACUUGGAAUUUAUGCUGGACCGAAAGCCAAGUAUCUAUUGGAGGAUAUGCUGGUUUAUAGUUACGCCGUUUAUACUGAUAACAAUCUUUAUAUAUACCAUAGCCACUUUGUCACCUUUGACUUACGGUGGGACAUCAUUGCCAGGAUACGCGCAUGCCAUUGGAUGGACGAUACUCUGCAUCGGUGUUGUUCAAAUACCGCUGUGGAUGUUUAUUGCAGUAUUGAAGAAUCGAGAAUUGCCGUUUAUACAGAUGCUAAAAAGAGCUUUCGCACCCAAGAGCGGAUGGGGUCCACGGGAGGUACAGCAACGUAAGGAUUGGAGGAUCUUUAAAGAGGAGAGAGCGAGAGACCGGGAGAAGAGGAUCCAACCAAUCUGGAAGCAAAUACUCUACGUUCUUUUAAACAAGGAACCAAUAUAGAGAAAUUUUAACCUGGCUCAAAAUACUUUAAAGUUCUUCUUUAAAGUUUUUACAGUCGUUUCUGCCGCGGCGGGAUCUGAGGCAAAAC